ACGUCAUCGUGACGUCACGCUCCAAUGAAGGUUAUAUGCCCCAUCGUAGGCGCACAGCGCGAACUAACCUAUAUUCCUCGAACGAUGCCAAUUUAAAAGGGCGACGAUAUCGCAAAAGUAGCAUGUCAACGCACGAAUGCAUUUAUCCGAUUGACAGGCAUUGACACACGUCGUCGCGAAAAUGUUCGCCGAUCCGUCGUCGCGAUUCGCAGCACAAACUUGAUAUCUAUUUCGAGUGAUUAACGCAAUGCGUUAAUCGUUUAUUUAUAACAUCGCUGUAUCGCUUUUCCAGUUACCGUUUACGAAGUCUACGUAUUGUCGCGCUUUAAAAUGUGUUAAAUUUUGUUAUCGUUUUAUUUUUCUUUUAUCGCGUACAAAUUAUGGAUGAGGUUUGCUUUCAUUUUUCGAAUCAACUUGAAACAUUACAGAAAUCUCAAUGUACUACAAAAAAAAAUUUGGGGGAAGGUUCAAGCAUCCGUAGCAGUUCAACAGGCACAGCAAUCGUGUAUGACAUGGCUAGUUCAGUUGCGUGAGUUUAUCCUGCAGCUUUUUGACGAGCAAUACACGCAGUAUGCAAAAGACAUUGUGUUACGUAUGGUUACUUCUGUACAAAGAAGCUGGCAAGAAGUCCAAUUUCAAUUUUAUAAUGCCCAAUGGAAUACAGUAGAUUAUUAUCGUCAAUUAGGAACCAUGUGGGCUAAUAAAGUAUCAAGAAGAGAAACAAUGUAUUGCUUAACAGGCAUAGCAAUCGGAACUGUGAUAGGCUAUUAUAUUGGUGUCAAUUGGAAACCUCCUUCUUUUCACAUACAUCACAUAAAAGCUAUAGCUUGUCAUCAUUAUUAUGGUAUCGAGGGUGUGUUGAUGAUAGAUGAUGUUGAAAUGCCAACAAUCAAAAAGUCAAAUGAUUUAUUAAUACAAGUUAAAGCUGCUUCACUUAAUGUUAUUGAUACAAAGAUAUGUUCUGGUUACUCUAAAAUAUAUAGAAGAUUACUUAAUUCAGGGAAACAGAAACAACUACCUGUAACUUUAGGGAGAGAUUGCGCAGGAGUAAUAGUUGAUAUUGGACAGGAUGUUAUCAAUUUUGAUAUUGGAGAUGAAGUAUUUUUAGCCGUUCCAUCGUGGGCUCCUGGCACGAUGGCGGAAUAUAUAAUUGUUCCAGAAACGCAAGUAGUAAGACGGCCUAAAUCUUGUAACUUUGAAGCAUCUGCCAGCUUACCAUACAAUGGUUGCUUGGCAUGGGAUGCUCUAGUUAAUAGAUCUAUUAUUAAAGAAGGCAAUGCCAAAGGAAAACGAAUUCUCAUUUAUGGUGGGAAUACUCCAAUUGGUUGUAUUUUAACACAAUUGGUUAAGUUAUGGGGCGGAUAUGUAGUGACUGCAUGCAGAAUAGAUGCAGAACCUGUAUUGAAAGCAUUAGGUGCUGAUGAAGUUAUAAUAAUAGGCGAAAUCGACAUUGAAAAGGAAUUACAAUUGCAUGACAAGUACGAUGCAAUUUUUUAUACCGAUAGUCAACCCUUUCAAGAACAUAUUUUAAAAAAAUUCUUAUUGCCACAUGGUUCCUAUGUAUCUACUAUUCCUGAACAAUUAAGAUCGGACUCGUUGGGAUUUAUUUGUGGAACUAUUUUUGCUGGAUGUGUUAGAGUGAAAUUAUUGAUUCAGUAUAUGUUUGGAUUCAACAUGCAUCAGUGGAAGGAGGGUGCAAAAUUGAAUGUUGCAUAUUUACGAGCUUUAUGUGAAUUGACUGAUGCAAACCAACUGCAAACAGUCGUAGAUAGAGUAUAUGCACCAUAUAAUAUUGAGCGAGCAUUGCUCCAUGUUUUAGAUCCAAAUUCUAUUGGUAGUACGAUUAUUACAUUUCAGUGAUAUUUCAUUGCCAUUACUAGAAGAAAAGUUUAUUCCGCAAUUACCUCUUUUGUAUAUAAUAUUAGUAUGUAAUUUUGGUGUAUAAACUGCCAAACAUUAUUAAUACAUUCAUUAUUUAAAAAUGGUAAUCAUACUUGGUACUAAAAUAAAGACUGACAACAUAAUACAAUUAACAAAAUAUAAAAUG